CAAGUCACUGUUGCAGAUUUCACACUCGCUCAUCUGUCUGAGGAGAGAAACAUGAAAUUCGACGACAUCCUUUCAGAGAUCAAUGGAUUUGGAAAGUUCCAAAUCAUGUUGGUCUUAAUGCAGAUGUUGUCGCGAAUCACUUUGCCCUGUCAUUUUUUGCUGAACAAUUUCAUGGCCGCUGUGCCUGACCACCACUGUAACUUGACUUCACUGGAUGAUGGCGAUGCCGUCUUCAGGAGUUUGACUGCGGAGCAGAAAGUGGCAGCCGGCAUUCCAACGGAGAAACACGGCUCUCCGAGUUCCUGUCGCAUGUACGUUCAGCCGAGGUAUCAGAAUUAUUCGGGGAACAGCAGCAGUGAGGACGAAGGCAGUGUCCACUGUCAGAACGGCUGGGUGUAUGACAACAGCACGUUUAAAUCCACCCUGGCUACUGAGUGGGACCUUGUGUGCAGUAGAAAAGGAAUGAACAAAGCAACGGCUACCAUUUUCUUCAUCGGCGUCAUGGCUGGAGCCCCUUUAUUUGGCUUUUUUAGUGACAGAUAUGGGCGACGACCACUUCUGCUGGUCUCCUAUGUGACAACCAUUGUGUUUGCGGCACUGAGUGCCUUCUCUACGUCAUAUGUAAUGUUUGUCAUCAUGAGGUUUUUCACUGGGAUGUCACUGGCAGGGAUAACCAUCAUCUCUAUAGUGCUGAAUGUUGAAUGGUGCAGCAUCGAACACAGGACCUUCGCUGGUAUAAUCAUUAGUUUGGACUGGACCAUUGGGAACUGGCUUUUGGUUGGAGAAGCGUAUUUGGUAAAUGAGUGGAGGAUGCUUGUCCUUACGGCGACGUCACCCCUGAUACUCGCUCUCAUUUGUUGGAGGUGGCUGCCGGAAUCGGCCAGGUGGCUCCUGGUGAAAGGGAGAGCAGACGCUGCUCAUCGUUACAUCAUGAAAUGUGCUGAGAUGAACAACAGAACCAAGUGUGUGGCCAGUGUUACACCAACGGCAUUACUAGAAUCUGUACAAACCAAAAUGGGAGAAAAGAAGUACAGCUUUGUUGAUCUUUUCAAAACUUCGAAUAUCAGAAAAAUUUCUGUAUGCUCAGGGAUUGUAUGGUACGGCGUUGCAUUCACAUAUUAUGGGAUAAGCCUAAAUAUUACUGGGUUUGGACUGAACCCAUACCUCACGCAGUUCAUAUUUGCCUUUAUUGAAAUGCCGAUGAAGAUUGGCGUGUAUUUCUCCUUGAACAAGAUGGGCCGAAGAAACUGCCAAUCAGGGAGCCUAUUACUGACCGGACUUUGUCUCUUCAUCAACAUGUUUGUUGCAAAAGAGCUAUGGGGCAUUCGUACCACCGUUGCUGUUCUGGGAAAAGCACUUUCUGAAGCCUCGUUCACGAUCAUGUACCUCUACACAACUGAACUCUAUCCUACAGUUGUACGACAGAAUGGUCUAGGCUACACUGCCUUUUUUGCCCGGCUGGGUGUGUCUAUCGCCCCUCUGGUCAUGCUUUUGGAGGAUGUAUGGCAUCUCCUCCCUCAGGUCACGUACUGUGCGAUGGCACUGGGCUGUGGUUUAUUGGCCGCACUCCUGCCUGAGACUUUGAACGUGCGACUGCCCGAGGUCAUCGAGGAUCUGGACAACCCCAGACCAACAAGAAACGAAGAGCUUCAGUGAAGGUGCAGCCCAUCGAAAAUAAACUGCAUGAAAACACGUCGUUCAAUAUUGAAAAUGAGCGUUAAAUAACAUGGUCAAACAACCACUCAGUUACACUUCAAUCAUAUCACAGAUAAUGUUUCUUACAAGAUAUUCAGAAAAUACAACAAGAAGAUCUCAGGUUCAAGUCCCAUCUCCUACUCAUGGUGUUUCAGUAUGGAGUUGUCUACUGUUCUCACAUUCAAAUCCACUGAUAAAUGAAGUUCAUGAAGGAGGAAAGGCUGGAGGGAUGAACUAAAUACAGAGGACUCAUUUCCUUGUCUGUACAUUAGCCUGUCCUUGGCACCCGAUGAUUUGUAAAUAAUGUGUUUUUUUUUUUUGUUUUCAAUUCAUUGAUAAUAAAAUUUGAAGCAACA